AUGAGCGAAUUGCGCUACAUUGGUUCAAAGAUCUCGCUCGUGUCCAAAAGCGACAUUCGUUACGUGGGGAUUCUACACAGCAUUGACCCAACGAAUGCCACAUUGUCCUUGGAGCAAGUGGUAUCCUAUGGUACUGAGGGGAGACGAGGUGAUAUGCAUGUACCUCCUUCAGACGCUGUAUUCGGUCUCAUUGUCUUUCGUGGUUCGGAUAUCAAGGAUCUUCAAGUCUUUGAAGCACCAUCACAUGCCAAGAAUAGCUACCAUCCUCCUCCACAACCGAUGAUGAUACCAGAACAGUAUGGCUACUACUAUUACCCACCUCCACCACCACCGCCAUCUUCUUCAUCACAUAUCCAAGCACCAGCAGCAACGCCCUAUUUCCACAACACUGAGUAUCCGCAGCAACCACCCUAUCCAACGCCAGGUCCUACAACAAUAACUCCAACAGUAUUCAACUAUCCAAGCUACUAUAAUGAUCAACCCCUCAUAACCGAUGGUCCACAGAUGCCAAUCCCUGCCAUACCUAUGAUACACAAACCAGAAAUGCCUCCAACACCAACAACUCAAGUACCGCAUACAGCUAAUACCGAGGAUGUACAAGAGCCCAUAUCAAUGAAACCCGUCCGUAAACCCGAUCUCAAGGAUGAUGAGAAUGGCGAAAUACCAUCAACGACUGCGUACAACAACAGGAGGGAAUCAUGUGAGGAAAUGGCAUCGUCUAUUGAACAACUCGCCAAGAGUGUGAGCGAACUUGGCAUUGGGAAAGAGCAGCGGCGAUCAUUAUCCAAAGCAGAAAAGCAACCAUCUCGUAGUAGCAGUGUCCGAACAAAGCGAAAGAAAAAGAUACCAGUGCCUUGCCACGAUUUCGAUUUUGCGUCAUCCAAUGCCAAAUUUGACAAGCAAGAGCUACGCCAUCUUUUGGAGGAAGAGGAUACUCAAAGAGUCGUGCCACAGUUUUAUGAUAAGAGCAAAAGUUUCUUUGAUGACAUUUCGUGUGAAGCAAAAGAGCAAGCAGAUCACAAGGGAGCCAAUUAUCGUAAGAAACCCUGGCACGAGAAACAGCUGAAUAUGGAAACUUUUGGUGAACCAUCAGCCUUCAGAGAGGGAGCAAGAGGACGAGGACGAGGAAUGCAUCGUGGCAGAGGAAAUGGAAGGAAACAAUUACGUGGUAUAGCUUAG